UGUUGUCUGCAGCGUGCCGUCUCUCCGGAAGUGUUGCUCUUGGUUUAGAAAGAGAGAUUUGUGCACUGCAUGAUUUAGCUGGUUUAAACAUACGCAUUGUAUUACAUUUCAGGAGCGACUGGGUAGUCAGACUUCAUUUCGUCCAAGUUAUAAACCCUGCAGUGUUUUUUUGGAACAUGAAAACUCGGUAUUUCAACAAACAGUUAGCAAAUUAGCAACCUAGCUAGCUCUGCACAAGGUCUGGUUGCCAUGGAGACUGAAGAGGGUGGACUUUUUAAGGAUCCAGACUUUGCUGCUGAUGACUCCGCCCUUUUCACAGACUACACCACACCCCUGUCCAGACUUGUAGGCAAGGUCACCUGGCUCCGCCCACAGGAUAUCUGUAAGCAUCCACGACUGUUCCCUGAUAACCUUACUGAGGCCUACCCGAAACAAGGCAUUCUGGGAGACUGCUGGCUCCUGUGUGCAUGUACCAUGCUGCUAAAGAGCCGCCAUCUGCUAGAACAGGUGAUGCCCCCAGGGCAGUGUGUAUGGGAGGAUAGCCGUUACCAUGGUAAAUUCUGCUUCAGAUUCUGGCGUAACGGGCAUUGGAUGGAGGUUCACGUGGACGAUCGGCUACCCUGUGUCAACAACACACCCUGUUUCUCCCGCUGCCACAGCCCCUCUGCAUUCUGGAUAGCAUUGUUGGAGAAAGCAUAUGCCAAGCUGCAUGGUUCAUAUGAGCACCUCUGGGCAGGGCAGGUGUGUGAGGCCAUGGUGGAUUUAAGUGGGGGCGUGGCUGAGCGCUGGAGCUUGAAAAGGGCUGCUGACACGCCCACUGAGAAGCGCUUGUUUCCCAGGCUUUCAGAGGAGAUGAGAAGGCGCAGUUACAUCAGCUGUUGUGUACACAGCACCCCUACAGGUGCGCCUGAGCUGGGGCAGUUCCACGCUCUUAGUGUAAUGGAAUGGACAGAUGUGAAAACAAGUGAUGGAGAAGAAGUGCGGCUGCUGCGAAUAUGGAACCCCUGGGGGAGGAGGUGCUGGGGAGGAGCCUGGACCGAGAGUGGAGCCGGGUGGAGCUCUUUGGACCCCUCUUGCUCUGUGGAUCUGUUGGGCCGAACCCAGGAAGGGGAAUUCUGGGUAGAUGAGACUGAAUUCCAGCAGGAAUUUGAUGAAGUCACAGUGGGAUAUUCGAUCAGCGAGGAUAGCCACCUCCAGAGCAUCUACACAGGGUCCUUUCUAACUUACACACAGCAGAUAGGUGGCCGCUGGAUCAGAGGUCACUCUGCAGGAGGCUGUCGUAACAACAGUAGUUACAGCAGCAACCCUAAGUUCUGGUUGAAACUUGGAGAAGGAGGGGAGGUGCUGCUCUCGCUGCUGCAGUGCAGGCCACAGAGCGCCCAGCGGAGUUGCACAGAACGGCCACCAGGAGGCAGCAGCACUCCACAGCACCCGCACUACCAGGCCAUAGCGCUACAUUUAUGGAAGGUGGACAAAAAGCACUUUAACCUGAAGCGGACGCUGAACUCCACACCUUGUGCCUCCUCACACACACACGCAUAUGAGCGGGAGGUAGUGGUGCACACUCAUUUGAGUGCUGGGUUCCAUCUGCUGGUGCCAAGCACCUUCCUGCAGGGAGCAGAGGGACAGUUCUUGCUUCGAGUGCACUCAACCUGCGCCACCAGUCUCAGUGCAAUAAAGGUGAGCCUGCAGCAGGAGUCUGUGGGUGGAGAGUGGGAGAAGGUCAGCGUGUGUGGUCGCUGGACGGCCGGCUCUACAGCUGGAGGGGGUCGGAACUUCCCCUCACACGGACAGAACCCUCGUGUACCACUCACUGUAACGUAUGACCCUGGGGGCACUAACAUUAGGGUCACUCUGCGCCAGCACAGCCCGGAGAAUGACCUUCAUGCCAUUGGCUUCCAUAUUUAUAAGGUCCCCGAUGGGAAAGUGGACUCCAUGGUCAUCUCUGCUGCAGUGUGUCCUGUGGUGAGCUGUGUUCCUCACUCUCACUCUCAGGAGGUCAGUGUGCAGUGUAGACUGCCCCCUGCUGUUUACACCAUCCUGCCCUCCACAUACCAGCCUGACCACAACGCAGAAUACACGCUAACCAUCGCCCGCAGGAUACACAGGAAAGUAAUAAGCAGCCAGGAGCGUUUGGGCCAGGUGGUUGAGGAGAUCUCCCAUGUUUCUGUGAUGGGGCUGUAGCAUGAGGGGGGAUGUCUCUCCCCAUCCAAGGCUGACGUGGGUCUUUUUGGCCCUGGCUGGAGAUGAAAGCGAACCAUCUUUCUCCAAAAGCUGGAGGGGUGGAGGGCUUGGCUAGUGCGUUAGCGUAGCCUUUAGCACAUCACAGUCUCGUCCAGUGGCCUGACUCUAAUGGAAGCCGACGGCGUCCGGCCCCGCUGCCUGACGGGAGCUAUUGAAGCUGCCGCCCCAGCCACGGCCUGUCCCACCAGAGCGAACAAAGACAUCACUCAGAGAGAGAGAGGGGCCGGCCUAGUGGUCGACCCAUACGGACCCGUUGUGCCAGCCAAGCCAUGGCACAGCUAAGCCAACUUUCAGAGAGAGAGAGAGGGUAGGGGGUGGGUUCUGCUCCAUGGCGGCUGAACAGAGGCGCUUGGUUCCCUCUGAAGUGACCGACAGUGGCUGUAUUUUGGCUCGGCCCUCGGAAGCUGCUGGUCGGCCCGUUGGAGCGCGUGCUCCAGUGCGUGGCUCGAGCAGCCGUUAGCGCGCUCAGCGCUGAGCUAGUGACGAAGCCGGCGCGCUGCCGAUGCACAAAGAGCCAUUGUGAGAGCAAAGUACUUGCGGCUGUGACCUCCUGUUUGCUCUGUGUGUGGGGAGCCAUGUAUUUGGCUCUUUUUGGGGACCAGAUGAUCCUAGGAUGAUGUUAAACAUGACAGUUUUGACAUUGAGGGACAUUUGGCUGGUCCUCACCAGGAAAAACACUUUUUUUGCAAAAGAUUAGGGUUGGCUUAGGUGUUGACAUGGCAGCAUUUAGCAAUAGUCAUACAGAAGUCGAUUAACAUACCCAAAAAGACCGGACGACAGACUUGUGUGUUUAUAUGUGCAACUCUUGUGUGCCUUCAAAUGAGUAAAUCAGUGGACUGAAAAAAAGUUCUGUGGGCUGAAAUUAUUUCACGCUUUGACACUGUAAUUUGAGUCCCAUUUACUUUUCAAACACUACAGUGGAAACAAGCAGCCUCACCCACAUCUAUGCACUUCUGCUGGGGUCCAACUGAGCAGGCUUCUGCACCAAACCUUCAGUAGAGAUUUAAACCUUUCAGCUAAACUAAAAUAGGGCAGAGCCUAGGUCUGGAUAGUGCAGAACAAAUGAGGCCUGUUAGACUAGUCAAAGAUUUGAGUUUUGAAGGUUUUUAAAACCCUCUACACUAGUGUAAAACAUUAUUAUUUAAACCUGUACAAAUGUUGGAGGCAAUUGUACAGUGAUUGACAUACUGUAUAUAAAAAGACACACAACAAAUCCUUGUCAGGUUUGAUGGUUUACUAAAGCUAUAGAGAGAAGUUUGUCUGUAUCAUCUUGCCAAGGCAGGCUUCAGUCUUUGGUAACAGCUGACCUGAAAUAGCCUAAGUAUGGAUAUCACACGACAAAUGAAGCUUAUUUGAAUACCCAUUUUAAUGAUUUACAUUUACAUUUAAUCACUUAGCAGGUGCUCUGACCAAGAGCAACUUACAAAACAUACAAGCAAUGGAAGCCUAAGAGAACAAAGUAUCUGGAUGAACCUAAUUUAUAACCUAAGCGACUUAAUACGUAAAUACAAGUGUAGACAUCAAAGAGUAUUAAUUAAAUUCAUUUUUUUGAACAAGUGAAAAAUAAAACACAGGUAAAGUGCAGAGAAUUGACAGUAGAGAAAUGACAGUGAUUCAGAUAUGAAGUCCAAAUAGGAUGUUAAUGUAUUGCCUGAAGAGGUGAGUCUUCAGACCACACUGGGAGGAACUGCAAUGUGGAGUUCAGGAAGAAGUUGACGAGCGAGACAGAGCUUUAAAGACUUUUCAUUUUAAGGAAGGACGUAUCAAGAGUCCAGAGGUUAAAGACCCAAAGUGGUGUUCUGGUGUGCAGUUGUAAACUAAGGUGCUGAGAACUGUAAGCCUGUAUUGUGAGAAACAGAGCUUUGUAUCUGAUUGUUUCUUCCACAGAAAGUGGAGUGAUUCAUUUUCAUAAAAUGUAAUUUUCAUACUUUUAUUCACAACUAAAUUUGAAUUUUCUGUUUUUGAAUGUAAAAAAAAAUUAUACUUAAUAUGAUUCUAUUGAAUUAAAGCCAGUUCAAAUCAAUUCUAGAAUCAUUCA